AUGGACAAGACCCAAGCCGCUCACUAUGAGGAAGACCUCCCUGCUACUGGCGAGACAACCGAGUCGAUGUCUGUCGGUAGAUACAUUGCCACUCGAGUUUCCACACUCAAACCACCAAUGACUAAGGUGGACAAUCCAAUUCGUCUUCUGAGACUGCUCAACAAGCAACAAUGGCUUUUCUUCGCUUGCUCAUUCAUCGCAUGGACCUGGGAUGCUUUCGAUUUUUUCACCGUCUCAUUGACAGUGUCUGAUCUCGCCAAGUCUUUCGGAAAAACCACAAAGGAUAUUACCUGGGGUAUCACACUGGUUCUGAUGUUCCGCUCGGUCGGUGCUAUCGGCUUCGGUAUUGCAGCAGACCGUUACGGACGCAAGUGGCCUUUCGUUGUCAACAACCUUCUCUUCAUCGUCCUUGAACUCGGCACCGGCUUUUGCCAAACAUACAAACAAUUCCUUGCCGUCCGUGCACUCUUCGGUAUCGCUAUGGGAGGCCUCUACGGAAACGUUGCCGCGACAGCACUUGAAGACUGCCCACAGGAGGCUCGUGGUAUCAUCAGUGGAAUGCUGCAGCAAGGUUACGCCUUUGGAUACUUGCUCGCUGUAGUCUUCGCCCGUGGUCUUGUCAACACCACUUCCCAUGGAUGGCGCCCACUCUUCUGGUUCGGCGCUUGCCCUCCUGUCUUGUUCAUUCUGUUCAGACUGUGUCUUCCUGAGACCCAAGCCUACCGCGAGCGCCAAGCUGUGCGCGAAUCUGGCAGCCCCAGCCUUGGAGGUACCUUCAUUGCCGAGGGAAAGAUUGCUCUCAAGCGCCAUUGGCUCCUCCUUUGUUACAUGGUUUUGUUGAUGGCUGGUUUCAACUUCAUGUCUCACGGAAGUCAAGAUCUCUACCCUACCAUGCUCAAGAACCAAUACAGAUUCGACGCCAACGCUGUUACUGUCACUCAAGUCGUUGCCAACCUGGGUGCGAUCUGUGGUGGUACAAUCAUGGGAUACUGCUCUACCAUCUUCGGUCGUCGUCUCACCAUCAUUGUGGCUUGCGUUGUUGGUGGUGCGUUGCUCUACCCCUACACCUUCACUUCGUCCAAGGCUGUCAUGGCAGCUGCCUUCUUUGAGCAGUUCUGUGUCCAGGGUGCUUGGGGUGUUAUCCCCAUCCAUCUCAUGGAGUUGUCUCCCGGUGCUUUCAGAACCUUUGUCGUCGGUACCGCUUACCAACUUGGUAACCUUGCCUCCAGCGCAAGUUCUACCAUCGAGGCUCAGCUCGGAACACAGUUCCCUCUUCCUCCUGUUCACAAGGUCGAAAGAUACAACUACGGCAAGGUCAUCUGCAUCUUCCUCGGCUGCGUGUACGCCUAUGUUAUCGUCCUUACUUUCGUCGGUCCUGAGUUCAAGGGCCGUGACAUGAGAGUCAUUCAUGACGUGGACACUGCAGAGGCACUUCACCAAAACGCCUACAACGAGAAGCGUAACAUGUCAGACGCUGACCAGAUCGAGCACGUUUAA